AUGGUAGAGAGCUGCAGAGGUUACGCGGACACAGCUCGACGACCAAGCUCCGAAGGGCAAACCGUCAUCAACAACGAUCGGUACAAAGUACCUUCGUCUCGUCACGUGGAUGGCAGGCAGGCAGGCAAGAACACUUGCGACCCGCCUUUAGCCGGCGCCGGCUUUGUCAUCCCGGCCCGUAGACUACCCCCUGGCCUUCUCCUCGGUGCCUAUUUAUACCACCAACUUGUCUCACUCACCGACGACGACAACCCCCGAAAGCAAACGACGGCACCUCAAUACAAGAUGGCGUCCAGCGGGCAGCAAUACUACGAGCUUUACCGCCGUAGCAGCAUCGGUGCCACUCUCACAGACACCCUCGAUGACCUCAUCACGGACACCCGCAUCGACCCUCAGCUGGCGAUGAAGAUCCUGGCCAACUUCGACCGUGCAAUUGCGGACGUGCUUCAGGAGAAGGUGAAGGCGCGGCUGACUUUUAAGGGCUCGCUCGACACUUACCGAUUCUGCGACGAAGUCUGGACCUUCCUGAUCAAGAACGUCCAGUUUAAGAUGGAGAACGGCGGACAGGCUGUGGUCGCGGACAAGGUCAAGAUCGUGAGCUGCAAUGCGAAGCGUCCAGGCGAGGGACAGUAG